GACAGGAGGAUCGGCCGGUGCUGACGCGACUCGUCGGCAGGAAGCGGCUGAUCGCGGCUGGGGUGCUCGGUGUGGUCAUGGUCCUGGUGCUGGUGAUCCUGAUCCCGGUUUUGGUGAGCUCUGCCGGGACAUCCGCCGCGCACUACGAGAUGCUCGGCACCUGCAGGAUGGUUUGCGAUUCUUACGGUACUAAAUCCCCGACCAGCACGGUCUCCGCAGACCCUUCUUUACCAACUUUUAUACAAGGUCCGAAAGGUGAACCGGGACGCCCAGGGAAAGUGGGGCCGAGGGGCCCUCCCGGUGAACCCGGACCCCCUGGACCUCCCGGAGAGAAGGGGGAACCGGGACGACCUGGAUUACCCGGGCAGCCGGGACCAAACAUGGCAACGGGUGCCAUUGGCGCGGCCUCCUACAGCACCGUGCCCAAAAUCGCCUUUUACGCAGGGCUCAAAAAGCAGCACGAGGGCUACGAGCUGUUGAAGUUUGACGACGUGGUCACGAAUCUCGGGAAUCAUUACGACCCGACCACGGGCAAAUUUACCUGCUCCAUACCGGGAAUAUACUUCUUUACGUACCAUGUGCUCAUGCGAGGAGGAGACGGAACCAGCAUGUGGGCUGAUCUGUGCAAGAACAACCAGGUCCGUGCCAGCGCCAUCGCCCAGGACGCAGAUCAAAACUACGACUACGCCAGCAACAGCGCUGUUCUUCAUCUGGAGCCCGGAGACGAAGUCUACAUCAAACUAGACGGGGGUAAAGCCCACGGGGGCAACAACAACAAGUACAGCACCUUCUCUGGUUUUAUUAUAUACGCCGAUUAGGACAUAUGCACCUACUCCAGACGGUCUAUCUCGUCCCCCUCUGCUAUUCCUCUUCCUUUCUUUCUUUUUUUUGCAUAAUUUUCCUUUGGGCCCAGGGCAAGCACCCAGACCUGCUCAAACACCCCUCAUCAUUAGUCUGUAG